AUUUAUAGAUUAUUUCAAUCUACUCCUUCAAUUUUUAAUAGUCAUUUAAUUGAAAUAUACACUUUUGAUACAUUUACUCUUGAAUAUUCAAAAAAUUAUAUCAUUUAAUUACCAUUAUAAGAAUUUACCAAUAACCGAGGGACUAAAAGUAAAAAUUAUGUAAAAAAAUACUAUGAUUACACUCCUAUAUAUACAUUUGCUUGUUGCUCAAGUAGUUAAUUACUCACAACGUUUCAUUAUUUUGCGAUCGAUUAUUCUGAGGUUAUCGAUAAAAAAGAUUUGUCUUGCCUCUAAAAUGGUGUCUCAAAAGCCCAAAAUUGUUAUAAUUGGGGCAGGAAUAGCUGGUCUAACAGCAGCUAAAAAGCUCUACACAACACAAAACACAAAUGAACUAUUUGAGGUUUGUGUUGUAGAAGGUGGAAACAGAAUUGGUGGAAGAAUUUUCACUACUGAAUUUUGUGGUGAUAGAGUUGAAAUGGGUGCAACUUGGAUUCAUGGGAUUGAAGGUAAUCCAAUAUACAAAAUUGCUCAAGAAAUUAAUGGAUUUGAAACUGAUAAGCCAUGGGAUAGUAUGGGAGGUAAAGUUGAUAAAAAAUUGACUAUAACAGAAGAGGGACAUGAGGUACAUUCAUCCUUUGUUAACUCGAUAUCGAAUUUUUUCAAUAAUCUGUUGGAGUUUUCGUCUGGUGAAGGAGAUUUUGAUGGUGGGGUUGGUAGAAAGAUUGUUGAAAGCUUGAAUCUUGAAGAGAAUGGUCGCGUUGAUAAGAUUAGUAUGGGUUCUUAUCUUAGAAAAGGGCUAGAGUUUUACUGGGGUUUAAAGAAAGAUCAAGGAAAUGUUGAAAGUCUCAAUCUUGAAAAUGAUCAAGAAAAUGUAGAAAGCUUUAAUCUUGAGGAUGGUGGCAUUGAAAAAGAACAAGAAAAUGUUGAAAGCUUCAAUCUUGAAAGUGGUGGUGUUGAAAAUGAUCAAGAAAAAGUUGAAGGCUUCAAUCUUGAACAUGCUGGUACUGAAAAAGAUCAAGAAAAUGUAGAAAGCUUCAAUCUUGGACAUGUUGGUAUUGAAAAAGAUCAAGAAAAUGUAGAAAGCUUCAAUCUUGACGAUGAUGAUGUUGAGGAAGAUCAAGAAAAUGUAGAAAGCUUCAAUCUUGACGAUGGUGGUGUUGAGAAAGAUCAAGAAAAUGUAGAAAGCUUCAAUCUUGACGAUGGUGGUGUUGAGAAAGAUCAAGAAAAUGUAGAAAGCUUCAAUCUUGAUAGUGGUAGUACUGAGAAAGAUGGAGAAAAUGUUGAAGUUUUUGAAAAUUGGAGUAGAAAAGCACUUGAAGAAGGUAUUUUUGCUAUGUUUGAGAAUAUACAUAGGCAUUAUUCAUCAGCUGGUGAUUUAGGUACUUUAGAUUUCAAUGGAGAAAGUGAGUAUUGUAAUUUUCCUGGAGAUGAAAUAACUAUAGCCAAAGGGUAUUCAUCUAUUGUUGAAUCUUUGGCUUCUGUUUUACCACCUGGUUUGAUCCAAUUAGGUCGAAAAGUCUCGAAAAUUGAAUGGCAAUUGGAAACUAGUGAUGGUAAUAAGCCAGUGAAGUUGCAUUUUAGUGAUGGAUCAGUUAUGUAUGCUGAUCAUGUCAUUGUUACAGUCUCAUUAGGAGUUCUAAAACAAGGAAUUCGCGAGGACUCGAGUCUUUUUAGUCCUCCACUUCCUAAGUUCAAGACUGAAGCCAUUUCAAGACUUGGUUUUGGUGUUGUUGAUAAGGUGUUCUUGCAACUUACCCCAACUCAUCAUGAUGGGAUGAAUUUCCCUAACAUGAUGAUGGUUUUUCAUCAGUCAAACGCGAAGCUGAAGAAUCCGAAAAUCCCUUUGUGGAUAAGGAGGACUACACUUACACAUCCAGUUUAUCCAGAGUCAAGAGUUGUGGUAUCAUGGUUUGCAGGUGAAGAAGCUUUGAAGGUUGAGACUCUUGAUGAUGAUGAGAUCAUCGAGGGGGUCUCGAUAACAAUGUCAGAGUUUCUAUCAAACACAAAGCAUUACAAGAACUCCAUCAAGUUCAGUAAAGUUUUGAAGUGCAAAUGGGGUACUGAUCCAUUGUUUUUGGGAUCAUAUACUCAUAUAGCUGUUGGAUCAAGUGGGGAUGAUUUGGAUGCUAUGGCUGAACCAUUGCCUAAAGAGAUCAGUGAUGAUAAAAAUUCGAAGAAAAGUCCUCGACUUCAAGUUUUAUUUGCAGGUGAAGCAACAAGUAGAAAUUACUAUUCAACAACACAUGGUGCUUAUCUUACUGGUCUUAGAGAAGCUAAUAGGCUUCUUGAGUAUUUUCAAUGUGUUGAUGUCUGAAAAAAGUUUCUUAUUGUUAUUGUUUUUCAUAUUUUGGAAUUGUGUGUUUGUUAUACUCCCUCUGUAUGAUGGGGAUUUGAAAGAGUAAAAAGGGAAUUAAAGAAGCUUUUCAUUUAGUUUUGUUUUCAAUUUGUUGAUUAGUAGGAGGAUUAAAGAUUUAUCUUUCUUAUAAUUUGAUGGUUCUUGCUUUCUUAACUAUUAUUGACAAAUGAACAUGAGAGUGUAAUACACAUAUACAACAAUUUAUACAAUGUAAUAUUUUUUUCAUGACAAGGAAAAUCCACCGUCGCUAUCUUUAGGUACCUUUGCUGCUAAGUCAUAUGCAAUAGCUCACAAACCACAUAAUAGAGAUAACUGGUACUAUGGUCAGCACAAGGGAAAACCUUUGCUCCUAUGCAAUAGCUCGUAAACUAUACAGGAGAGGUAACGUGUACUAGGCAAGUUUGAUUUGACGAGCUCAAUCUAAAAGACAAACAUCCUGCUUUAGUUGACAAAGAGUUUCAAACUUUAGACUUAUCUCGUGCAAUUCCACAAGUACAAUUCAAUUUUUGAAAAGAAACAAAACUAAUUACUUAAUAUGUGUACUAUUUGCAUGAUUUGCAUCAUGCAGUAGAAACGUAGCAUCAUUUAAUUACUAUAUCUAUGGUCAGACAUCUCUAUAACAUCUUAUUAUAACCGAUACGAUUUAAAUGUAUCUUGAAAUGAAUUUUACAUAUUAUGUUAUAUUCUAUGCUCUCUAUGAUAACAUUUCGCUAUAGCAAACCAAAAAAA